GGAGCUGCUAGAACUCUGGAGAAGAUGCUGGUGCUAAACUGUGCUACCAAAUUACUGACACUGGAAAAAGUGCUGAAGAGUCACUUUCCCGAAUCACUCAAGGUUUAUGGAGCAGUGAUGAACAUAAAUCGCGGGAACCCCUUUCAAAAGGAAGUGGUAUUGGACUCAUGGCCAGACUUCAAAGCUGUCAUCACUCGGCGGCAGAAAGAGGCUGAGACAGAUAACCUGGACCAUUACACAAACGGCUAUGCUGUGUUCUACAAGGAUGUGAGAGCUUACCGACGGCUGCUGGAAGAACAUGACGUUAUCAACUGGGACCAGGUUUUCCACAUACAAGGGCUGCAGAGUGAGUUGUAUGACGUUUCCAAAGCUGUUGCCAACUCCAAGCAGUUGGAUGUGAAGCUAAGUUCCAGCAAGGCGGUCCGUUUGUCUGUGGUGUCAGCUCCGCCAGACACCAGUCUCCUGUAUGUAAAUCCAGUUUCCGCUUUUAGAAGGACUUCUCCCCCGCGACUCACCUACCUGAGCGUAGCGGAUGCUGAUCUGCUCAACCGGACCUGGUCGCGGGGCGGCAAUGAGCAGUGUCUCCGGUACAUCGCCAACCUCAUCUCCUGCUUCCCCAGCGUGUGUGUCCGCGAUGAGAAGGGAUGCCCGGUCUCCUGGUCCAUCACAGACCAGUUCGCCACCAUGUGCCACGGCUACACCCUGCCGGAGCAUCGCAGGAGAGGGUACAGCCGGCUGGUGGCCUUCACCCUGGCCUGGAAGCUGCACAGCCGGGGCUUCCCCGCGCAGGGCAACGUCCUCGAUGACAACGUGGCCUCCCUGAGCCUCCUGAAGACCAUCAAGGCCGAGUUCCUGCCUUGUCGCUUCCACCGGCUCAUUCUCACCCCGGCAGCUUUGUCCAGCCAAGUUCACCUCUAG